AUUUCUUUAAUUCAUACAAACAACACCAUCUCUCUCCUCUCCUGUCUCUAUCGAGUGGGUUCACAGUGUCAAAGAGAGAAACAAAAGCAAGUUGUGUUCGUAUUCUGCCUCACUCUCAAUUUAUAAAUUCAGAUUUUGAUUUUGAUUUCUUGGAGUCUUUGAGAAGAAGCAAUCUUUUUUUCUAGAAUGGAGAAAGCUUCUUCUUCUUCUUCUUCUUCUUCUCCACGUAGGUCUGCUUAUCUGGAAGCUCUAACACAAGAGAUUAAGAAGAAGCUUACUCGGGCGGUAGUAUCACCAGCACAAACACGCAACUUGUUGCAAGACUUGUUUGCUGAUAUAGCUCUCGAAGUCGACCAACGUGCCAAAGAUGUGAUUCUUAGCAAAGAAGAGGAGGAUGGUCCGUUGUGUUUCUUCGACGUGCUUGCUGAUUACUAUGUGAAUGUCUCUGAGAGAGGGAAGGAUAUACUUGAUUUGAUGGUUCAGCUUUGGAGCCAGUCCUUUGCUUCCCACAUAUUCUCCCUUCUCUUCCAUAAAUGGCUGUUUGAGGUUGAGGUUGAGAACCAAGAGAUACUCCUUCGGUAUUCUUCUGCUUUGGUGCAGGGAGCUACUAAUGUGUUUUGGAUAGACAUCCAGACAAAUACAAGACGCUUCCAAACUCUCUUUCGGUACCUUCUUGAGGAAGUUGCUUUGGAGCCGAUCAGAUUAAAAAAAAUUCCCAUUCAGGCACAGAGGGAACUCUAUCUCCUGAUCUCAAGGUUCAUUUUCUUUUACAAUUCAGUGGAUAAACUCGAUAGCUUCUUGAGGAACUUCCCGGAGUUUCCUAAUGCUUUCCUAGUUGGAGGAGCCGGAGAUUUCCUUGUUAUAGAACUUACCGAUCAGCUGCAAAAACUGAAAGUGGAACCAGUGCUGCUACACUAUCUUUCUCAGAUGAAGGUCCUCCAAGGUAUGGAACUGAGAAUGACAACAAGCACGAGGUUAAAGGCGUGUCUGUACAGUUUUACCUCACCUGGAGGUCCAAUGUACCCGACAAGAGCUGUCCGUCAUGCAGCCUGGGAUGCCUUGGAUUCCCUCUUUCCCGUUGGGCGUUACCCUAGGCAUCUCAUCAGUCUAUUUUUCAGGCUGCUGUAUCCAUGGUACUGGCCAUCCUCGUGCUGGAACUUUGUGGUUUCUUGCAUUAAAGCGGUACUCUAUUCCAUCGUAAGGCUCAUCUUUUCACGGCGAGAAAAGCCGAGGCAGAGCUGAAUAGCUUUUAUAUAUUGGUGAAGCCUCCUGCAAUAUCCCAAUCCUUGUGUAUAGAAUGUGGUUUUGGUCACAAUGAGGCGGCACACCAAGGGAACUUUACCUACGCUUGUAUUGCUUUCUAUGGAGAACAUUAAAUUCCGCUUUGAGGAAGAUCCCACAGAAUAGCUUUUUGACGUGUUUUGUUGUCAUUGUUAAGAUGUUAUUUUGCUGUAGAGGAUGAUGUAUUUUGACAAGAACCCUUUUAAUGUAAAAGAAAAAAACAUCCCUUCUCUAUA